UAGAAAUGACACCAAGUUCGAAUUGGAUUCUCCUGACUGGGUCAAGGCGUGCAUAUUUGUCUGCUGAUACCACGCCACAAACUAUAUAUUACCUGGACACCUAGAUGAACAAGAAGCCGUCACGGAAACACAACAUACAGAACUGCAAAGUAUUGCAAGAAAUGUCACAGUCUAUGACUUAUUUCACCUCGCCGAAAUCGAGUCCGCACCCCUUCAUUGUCGCCAUUUCGAACGCGGAGAUUGGGAUUUUGUCCCAUAUUUUACUUCUAAUAUCCGCUUGUCCUCAAUCCAGUCAACUUCGAUAUGGACUACUUGGGAGUUGGUUAUACGUCGUUCAUAUCUUCGAAAAGCUCCUCUUUCACAAUCCUGAAGCAGAAGUCUGGAGACAAGAUUACGAGAAAGAGGCACUGGGGAUGGACUUUGGAUGGCAAAAGCUUCAAUGGGCAUCAGCACUUUGCAUCAGUCCUCGAGAGGUUGGUUGGAAUUUUGGUCUGCAGAGACUUCAACAUGCACCCAAGAUGAGUAGAAAGAGAUUCAUCGCAAACCAAUUGCGGUACUUUUGCCGGGUAUUCAUCAUCAUGGAUGCUGCGUCGAUGGUCCAGGACCGAUGGAAGUAUCCCGAUGUCUUUGACCAUCCUUCAUUGCUGGAUCGCCUACUUGUUAGCAUCGAUUCCUUCGUCAUCAUGUUUUGCUCAUGGGAAACUCAAUGGACUUUUGUAUCGCUGGUAGAUGUCAUAGGUGGUCUAUCCGAACCUGAGGAUUGGCCGCCGAUCCACGGUACGUUCGACGAUAUGACAAGUGUGGGAAGAUUCUGGUGUUCUUUUUGGCAACAAAUCCUACAUCAAUCAUUGCUUGGGUAUAGCCGUGCUCUGAUCGCCUUCCUGGUAUCACCCGAUGUAGCUAUGCAGCAUAUUUGAUCCACCUAUCGGUCGGAUUCUUCAUCUCUGGGAUAGGUCAUACCAUUCAGUCCGUUGCUAUGGGGACCAAUAUGCCAUUCGGAUAUAUAUUGCGUGGAGCCAUGGGAAUUUUUAUGGUUCAAGCGGUUGCAAUAGUCUUUGAACAAGCAUUGCCCUGGGGG